CCAAAAAUGGCGCUUAGUCCCGUGAUGCAUUUCGGCCAAGAUCAAAACGAAGGCGCCUAGCCACGAAAGGAGUAAAAUGUGGCUGCUGUGAAUUUGUAAUUUUUACGAUGGAAAAUGCUGAGCACCAAGCCGAUCCAGGAAAACCAAAGAAAGGGAUCAAACUUCUUUCCAUUCUUGAUAAGCUGCGAAGCAAUGCAAAAGCGGAUCAUAGUCUUGAUUGCAAGGGACAGAAUGAAGAUGAUGACAUGCCAAGCGACAGGGUUCCAAAUUCCAAAGCAGCUGCUAAUAACGCUACAGAUUCUGAAACAGUGUCCAAAAAUUCAUUUGUGAAGAUAUCAUCCUCAUCAAUAGUUGAUUUGGUGUCAGAACCUGGGGAUGCUGGGAAUGCCGGGGAUGCCGGGGAUAAAGAAUUGCCAGUAUAUGACGACAGUGAAGCCAUUACUGUAGUCCCCUUGGAUGAGGAGGGUCUAUACGAGGAUGUACCUCAGAACAAUAAUGUUGAAGAUAUUGCUACAGUAAGUGGACAUGAAAUGCCAAAAAUGGAGGAUGACCCAGCAGAACCUUUGCAAAAUAUAGAAGAAUCGCGAGAAAGCGAAGCAACUUCACACUUAAGUAGAUUGCCUUCCCAUAUCAAAUGCACUGGAUGUGGUGAGAAGCUGAAGACACACAAGGUUCUGCAGCAUCCAGUUCUGGGUGUGCUCAUAUGCAAGGCUUGCAGCAAAUUCUACAACUCAAGCUCGUUCAGUAGAGACAAAUUUGGCAUGGAAGAAUAUUGUAAAUGGUGUGGAGAUGGAGGUGAUUUGAUUUGCUGCGACUUUUGUGAAAAGGUCUUCUGCCAAAAAUGCGUAAAGCGAAACAUGGGGGAGGAAUUUCUCAAGAUACUUCUAGCUGCCGAGGAACAGAAAUGGAAAUGUUUUUCAUGUGAUCCAUCGCAAAUCGUUCACUUCACUGAUGAAUGUAAAUCAAUCAUAAAACUGAUAAAAAAGAUCAAAAUGGCGGGCUACGCAUUUGAAAACAAGAAAACACAUCUUGGUGGGCCUAGCCAACUUGAAAGGAAAGAUAGACUAUUGAACAUUACCCAAACUUUAGAGGAUGCUGGGGUGGCUGCAAAGGAAGUGAAAAUUGAAAUUGAUCCAGACAUAGCCAAUCUUAUUCAAAAAGACGUGAAUGAUAUUUGCGUGAUAGAAUCUGAGGAUACCCAGCCAAAAGUGAACAAGAAGGGCUUGGCGAAGGUCCAAAUUAACAAACGGAAUUCAAAAGAAAAUCUAAAGACAUUAAACGACACUUCGAGAACAAACUCAUUCGACAAUGACAUAUUUAUUAUGGACAACGUCACAGAAAAUUUUGCUAUAGGAAGGCAAAACGGGACAGAAGACAAUACCAAUGUCGACCAGUUGUUACAUUUGAAAGAAAAAUUUAGCCUAAAGGACUGUAAUGUAUUGCUAGAAAGGGCUGAAAUUCCAACAGACAUACUCUUAGUAUUUGAAAAACAAUGCAGUAAUGCCAGUCUUCACAAUCCCAGGAAUGAUGACAAAGCUGACAGGCAUAAUGUAAAAUCUUUAUCGUUAAAACAAAAUGGGACUGAAAGGGAGGUCCCAGUUUAUAUUUUGUCAUCGGGAAAUGGAAACAAGGAAAAAACCGAGGUCGAUACAGGAGAAGGUAAGUUAUGUGAUGGUUAUUCAAAGCCAGUUAAAAAGUCAACUACAACCAAAGAUAUUGUCAACCAGAGCCCUGUAGGGCUGGAAGGUAAUGUCCUAGGCUUUGAAAGCGAGAGUGACGAAAGUGAUUUCAAGCCAGAUAGCGAAAACACUGAAGAUGAUGAGGAGGAAGUGAAGUCUGAAGAAGAUGAAACAGAUGAACUUGAUGAUUCCCAAAAUGAUCGUCUUCACAGUAAUAAAGCGGAACUAGACUAUAGCCAUGAUUUAAGCGAUGCAAGUCACGGUAAAGGUUCAAGUGAAAGUGAGUUUGACUAUCAACGGAUUAAAAACCGUUCAAUUAGAAGUAAAGGGAGAAAAACGACCAACGAAAACCGGUCCAAAGCUGUUCAGUCAAGCUCAAGCCAGGAUUCUUCUGAUGAUAAAAGGAAGAGUGACAGUAGUAGCAAUUCGUUACCUUUAAGCAGAGGAGCUAAGAGAAAAAGAAAGGGCUUUAAUUCCUCUAAAGGAACAGAGUCAUCCGAAUCUUUAUCGGAUGCUGCACACAGAACGAAAAAACGAACGCGGAGAAGAAGAAAAGUGUUGCAACAAUCUUCUGAGAGUGAGGACAGCAAGGAUGAUGACAGUGACGAAGACAAAGAUGAAGAAGAAAAAGCAGAAGAAGAAGGAACGGGAAAAAAGGGUAAAAGGAAGAGUGGAUUAAGGGGGCGAGAAAGCAAAGCUAAGCGUACUGGGAAAGGACAAAAGCGUAAGGGAAAGAUUCUAAGCUCAGAUUCAGACGAAAGUAGUGAUGACAAAUCUAAAUCAAAACGCAAGGGGAGGCGAAAUAUUAGACGUAUUUUAGCAGAGGAAGAGCUCACAGAGGAAACUCGAAAAGCACGCCAACUUGAAGAGGAUAGGCGAAGGCGUCUUCUCGAGCGUACUCAAGCAACUUAUGAAGAGGAGCAAGCACUUAAAAGGGACAGUGUAACUGGCACUUUGAUUUUGGAAAGAGACAAAAAAACAGGCAAAGCAUUAGUAGAAGUGCACCAUAGCCUCGUUACCAAUCUGAAACCGCAUCAGGUUGAAGGCAUCCAGUUCAUGUAUGACUGUUUGUUUGAAUCACUGGAAAAGUUCAAAAAUGGGGAAAAAGGAAGUGGUGCGUUGCUUGCACACUGCAUGGGCCUUGGCAAAUCUUUACAGAUUAUAACUCUACUGCAUACCGUGGCCAAUCACCCAGAAAUGAAGCUGAACAAAUUUCUGGUGGUGGCGCCCCUUAACACAGUGUACAACUGGGAAACGGAGUUCGAGAAAUGGCUGGAGCUGGAUGAAAGGAUGGAUGUCCAUGUUCUCUCUGACUCUGGUCACAAUAUGAAACUGCGAUUAAACAUGUUGAGGAAAUGGUACAGUCAUGGGGGUGUCAUGAUCCUUGGUUAUGAUAUGUACCGCAAUUUGACCCAGUUCAGAAGAAUUAGAAAUAAAAAGCACAAGAAAAUAAUAACAGAGACACUUCUUGACCCAGGCCCGGACAUCGUUGUUUGUGACGAGGGUCAUGUUUUGCGCAAUGACUUAUCCGCAAUCUCUCAGGCAUUAACCAAGAUCAAAACACUACGUAGGGUUGUAUUAACUGGAACCCCUCUGCAGAACAACCUUCUGGAAUAUUUUGUAAUGGUUAGUUUUGUAAAGCCAAACCUUCUUGGGACAAAGAAAGAAUUCACAAAUAUCUUUAUGAAUCCUAUCGCAAAUGGUCAGUGCUCAAACUCUACCCCUGCAGAUGUGAAGAUCAUGAAACAGCGUUGUCAUGUCUUGCACGACACACUUUCUGGCUGUGUACAGCGAAAAGAUUAUUCUGUUCUGACUCCACUUUUGACGCCAAAGCACGAGUACACUAUAUUUGUGCGUUUAGGAGAGCGACAGAGAAAGAUGUAUCAAUUUUACUUGGAUUCAUUCGUGUGUGGAAAUUUAGCCGACGUACGAGCAAGAGGAACUGGCAUAUUUGCCGACUACCAAUGCUUGAUGAAAAUUUGGACGCAUCCUUGGGCAGUAAAACUUGAGGCAAUUAGGAGGCUAGAGAGAGAAGCUCUGGAUGACAUUAGAAACUUCUUAGAUGACAGCGAGUCAGAAUCUGAAAGCAGUGCUGAGGAAAAAGCUCGGGAACCUGGAUGGAAGUCAAGUGGCAGCGAAACAGAACCAAGAAUGGCAUCAAGUGCUCCUAAAUCCCCAACAAAUGCAGGUGAAAUGGAUACAGGCAAUAGUGUCGAGACUGGACCACAUAAUCAUCAACCCCAUAAUUCAAUGCAAGAUCGCAUUAGCCAUAGUCUCCGGUCUAAAAAUAGCAAUUCAGCUGCAACGCUUGCCAAUGACAGUAACAAAAUUACUCUAAAAGAAGGAAAAUCCGAGUUGGCCUUGGACAGUAACGUUUUUGCUGUUAAUGAUACAGACGAAAGUUCUAGUGAUGACGAGUGCCCUAAAGAAAAUAUGGUUACUGUGAAACCGGGAGAAGAACCAGUCCGGGGGAUGGGAAGCACUAGGUCUGGUACUCGGUUUAAGGACGCAACAGAAAUGGAAGAAGAAGUUGAGAUUAGGGAAUGGUAUGACGAUUUUAUUGAUGAGGGCGAUGACACAAAUGUGGAAUUGAGUGGCAAGCUUGUGCUGUUGCUUGAGAUACUUGCAGAUGCUGAAAUUGUUGGCGAUAAACUUUUGGUUUUUUCACAAAGCCUCGUCUCCCUUGAUUUGAUUGAAAGGGCUCUAGGUGGCGGUAAGAUUGGCGGGAAUGAAAUGAGCUGGUGUAAAGGGGUUGAUUACUUCCGUUUGGAUGGAUCAACUCCAGCCAAAACAAGACAGAGAUUUUCAGAAAUAUUUAACGAUGUCGACAACACAACCGCGCGUUUAUUCCUGAUCUCGACAAGAGCCGGAUCCUUGGGUGUGAAUCUGGUGGCAGCCAAUCGCGUGAUUGUCUUCGACUGUUCUUGGAACCCAUCUCAUGAUGUCCAGUCAAUUUUCAGGGUUUAUCGUUUUGGGCAGGAUAAACCUGUCUAUGUAUACCGAUUUGUUUCACAGGGAACGAUGGAACAGAAAAUUUACGAGAGGCAAAUAAAUAAGCUAGCGUUGUCUGGUCGGGUUGUCGACGAGCAGCAGAUUUCAAGGCACUUCACCGACGAAGAACUGAGGGAACUCUAUGUAUUUAACGCUGAAGAAUACAAAGAAGGGGAUGACACUCCUGUCCCCCAACUACCAGCUGAUCCCCUGCUGGCCGAGGUUCUUCAACGACAGCAUCCAAAAUGGAUUGUCAAAUACCAGGAGCACGACAUCUUGCUGGAAAACGUCGAAGAGGAACAGUUAACGGAAGAAGAGCGGCGACAAGCUUGGGCUAGCUACGAGGAACAAAAAGACCUGGCAAAGAACGCAUUUGCGAAAGUGAAUGAACGCAUGCGCAUCGCCCAAGAAAGAAUGCAAACGAUGCAGCAACAGGCACAGCUUUACCGAGAAAUGCAGCUCCAGCAUCAACAUCAGCUACUUAGUGGCCCAGAAGGCCUGUCACAACAAAAUCAAGCAAUGCGAACACUUUAUGUUAUGCGCAACCCGAAUCAAAAUGUCAGCCUAGCCCCCCCUCGGAGUAUGCCAGUGACGUCACUUUCAAGUGAGGAGAGAUUUCGCAACCUACAGAUGGUGGCUCUUGCCGGUAUGCAAAGCCAAAGGUUACCAUCUUGGAGACCAAGGACCCUACCUAGAGACUUUAGGCCAAACAUCACGAAUACAGGGCCGCAAAUGCCCCCGCUGAGGUCAACAGGACAUCAAGUAAUCGAUUUAAGUCAGCUGGAGGCUAGACAAGUACGGCCAAACAUUCCCACAAUGCAUCCAUCGAGAUCUGCAAUUAAUUUACCACAAGGAAACAAUUUACGUUUUGUAAACCUUCAAGGCUCUUUGCCUCGAAGUGCUAGUGUUCCUUCGAACCCCGUGUCUUAUGUACCCCGUAGAACUUGAUAUUAUCUUUGAUUCUUAAUAGUGGUAUAUAUGCUUCUAGUUAA